CAUAGACCCAGCCCUGCCCGGAUGAGAGCUCUGUGUCCAAAAUUGACAAAGCUUUUUGUGACACAGUCAACGAGAGAGGGGACGUUUAAGGCAGUGAAAUGCGUUCAAGCAACAAAACGGUCCCCAAACUAAUUUUUUUUUUUUAAGUAUUACUGAAAAUUCCAACCUUUGAAAGGGUCGUUGAAAAGCCGGGCGUCAUGAUGACGGAGCGCUUUGACUGCCACCACUGUGAAGAAUCUCUCUUUGGCAAGAAGUACAUCCUGAGGGAGGAGAGCCCCUACUGCAUUGGGUGCUUUGAGGCUCUCUACGCCAGCACUUGCGAGGAGUGUGGGAAGCCCAUCGGCUGUGACUGCAAGGACUUGUCCUACAAGGACCGACACUGGCACGAGGCCUGUUUCCACUGCUCGCGGUGCAAGAGCUCGCUGGUGGACAAGCCCUUCGCUGCCAAGGAGGACCAGCUGCUCUGCAUGGACUGCUACUCCCACCAGUACUCGUCCAAGUGCCAGGAAUGCAAGGAGACCAUCAUGCCAGGUACCCGCAAGAUGGAGUACAAGGACAGCAGCUGGCACGAGACCUGCUUCAUCUGCCAUCGCUGCCAGCAGCCAAUUGGCACCAAGAGCUUCAUCCCUAAGGACAACCAGAACUUCUGUGUGCCCUGCUACGAGAAACAGUAUGCCUUGCAGUGUGUUCAGUGUAAAAAGCCUAUCACCACGGGAGGCGUCACGUACCGGGAGCAGCCCUGGCACCGGGAAUGCUUUGUGUGCACGGCCUGCAAGAAGCCGCUGUCGGGGCAGCGCUUCACGUCCCGGGACGAGUUCGCCUACUGCCUGAGCUGCUUCUGUGACUUGUACGCCAAGAAGUGCGCCGGCUGCACCAACCCGAUCAGCGGACUGGGUGGCACAAAGUACAUCUCCUUUGAGGAGCGACAGUGGCACAACGACUGUUUCAACUGCAAGAAGUGCUCCCUCUCCCUGGUGGGGCGAGGCUUCCUCACAGAAAGAGACGACAUCCUGUGCCCGGACUGUGGGAAAGACAUCUGAAGUCCGCACCGCUGACUGCUGGCGACACUCACGGAGUUAUGUACGCUCUCCUUCUCAGCCAGGCAGUAUUGUGUCUGGUCUCCACCGGCCGCGUUGAGACUCUCCUCUUGUGCUUUUCUCAGUGAUAUCCACGUUUGUUUAAACCCUUUAAUCCUUUGUACUAGUUCAGUCCCAGGGAAGGAGGAAACCCCUGUUGUAAACCCUCGGUGGGAAGCUGGUUUUGGAGUUUUGUAAUCAAGCAAGGCAAAUCCAAGUGCAAAAGUCCUUUCGAAUGACAGCUUUCUAAAUGUAUCUUUCUUUCACUGCGUAUUUAAUUUUUAAGUGCAAUUAACAUGUCACGAACUCGAGUUUCCCAAACCACACGAGAUAAUGCAGAGUAGGUAUUUACAAGUAUGUAACUUCCUGUCACGUAAGCCCUAAAGCAAGAUUAUACAGCUUACAAUAAAGUUAUCCAGAACAAAAUGGCCA